AUGGCGACCAAACACAAUGCCCUCAAGUUCGGCUGUCUGGCUUUUCUGACAGUGCAGAACUCUGGCUUGGUCUUGACGAUGUGGAAAUCGAGAACAAUCCCAGGCAACAGUCUAUUGGGCUACCUUCUCUCGUCCUAUACCCAGCGAAGUGACACAGAUGAUGAGCCCAACGCCAGAACAGAACAGGACAGCCAGAAACGCAGCUGGUCCAGCAAAUUCAGACGACGAGACUUCAUAGUCCUCCUAAUUCCAUCCCUCCUCUAUACUAUACAGAACAACCUGCAGUUCAUUGCUGUGUCCAACCUCGAAGCAGCCACGUUCCAGGUCGCCUACCAGGGAAAGUUACUCACCACUGCCAUUUUUGCAGUAAUUUUCCUCGGCAAGAAGCUAUCGAUACAGCAACUCUACAGCAUAAUGCUCCUCUGCGCCGGUGUCGCUUGCGCUUCGGUACCUUCCUCAAGCACGAAAAACACGUCAACCUCUGCUCAUUCACAAAAUCACGCGUUUGGUAUUGCAGCUGUAUCAGCAGCAUGUAUCAUUUCCGGAUUUGCAGGUGUCUACACUGAGUCUAUUCUGAAGAAGACCCAGCAAGGCGAAGAGAAUGAGAGUAAAGAGCGGAUGUUUUGGCUACGGAACUUCCAGCUCAGUCUUUCCAGCCUGGCAUUCGCAACCUUUGGUAUACUUGCGGUUGAUCGAGACGCGAUCCGCACGAACGGCUUCUGGCACGGCUACAACAACUGGGUCUGGGCAACAAUAGUGCUGCAAGCUGUUGGCGGACUUACUGUUGCAUUUGUUAUCACCUAUACCGACAACAUCCUAAAAGGCUUUGCGACUUCGAUCUCGGUCAUCAUCUCCACGGUGGCCUCGUCCUUGAUCUGGGCCUUCCAGCUUACUCCACUCUUCUUGCUUGGAAUGGUCGCUGUCCUCGUUUCUACUCGCAUGUAUGGCAUGUCGGCCGUCAAGGCUCUGCCUGCACCUGCACCUCAAAUCGAUGAGGAGAGUGGCUUGGAAGAAGAGAAGAUGGCUCUGCAGCAAGAAGAAGAAGGAAGCGAAGAAGACGAAGAAGCAGCAGAGGAGGCAUUGGGGAAAGUAUGA